AUGAUGGACAGAAUGAACGAGUCUCGGAAGAUGGCCAACUCGGAUUCAGAAAAUGUUGCAAACAGAAGAAAAGCUGCCGACAUUAUAUCUGAGUUGCAUAAGCGCACCAUCUAUGCCGAGCUAACUCAGAAGCAGGAGCUGAGUGAGUCUGGGAAGCUGCCCAAUCAGCAGAAGCGCCGUUCGCCGGUUCCGUUGACUGCAGAUCCUCCCCAGACUCCCGACGCCGAAGCACUUCCUGAAGGUCUGGAUUCUCCGGUCAGCGAUGUGGUGCAAAAGACGCCCACUUCUGCACGUUUGCAGGGAAGAAACACGAUAACACCACUCAGCUCGGAGAAGAAGAUUCAGAUCUUGCAGAUCAAAGUUCUCUCAACCAAAGGACUUCGCUCUGCUGACAGCCACAGAACGCCGGAGACCUUCUGCGUAUGCGAGCUGGUCGGCAAGAAAGGCACCAGAUGUGAAAUCGGGAAGAAAGGCGUCAAAGGCGAAGUGAAG